CCUUGUGGUGCGAAGUGAAGUUCUGUCUGCCACGAAUAUGUGAUAGUUUUAUUAUUGAUACUUGUAACAGUGAAACUCUUUCGAUAAUAUAUUAAUUUUUUUUAAAUUAAUUGGUGAAGAGUUAUUGAAACUGUUCACACUGACAGAUCGGCCACAUUAUCCCCUCCCCAUAUUAAGAUCAUUAACGUGGCGAAAGCAUCUAUUGCCAAAAGUUUGGUCGUCCUACAGAGUGUUGACAUGGCUUAGAAACGAGACACCAGAGGACUGGCAGUUAGGAGAUCCCCAUGGAGAGAUAGGAGCUGAAGUACCCCACACCCCCUCCAAGAGACGCGUUCUUCUCUUUAACUGGAAUCUCUAGAAUUUAAUUCGAACAAUGUCCGGGAGUGGCAAAGUAGUUCGGUUCGCUGAUGAAACCGCAAGAAAGAGACCGUGGCAAGACUCCCUGAACACCUCGUCUCAGGUUCUAAGUUUCCUGCUCUCGACGGGAAUGCUCUCGGACAUUACCUUCGCAGUUGGACCCGACGGGAGGCAAUUUAGAUUACACCGCCUGAUACUCGCGACGAGAAGUCAGGUGUUCGAGGAGAUGCUCGUGAUCGACACGCGCUACGCCUCAAGUGAUGACGUCAUCGGUGUAAGGAGCGAUCCCGUGCCUGGCUUCCACUGGCUCAUGCAGCACAUAUACUGCGACAAAACUGACAUUGACAGCUUGGAAUUGGCACUACAAAUUCUCGAAUUAUCGGAAAAAUACAUGGUGGGAGGAGCAUAUGACUGCUGUCUCAAGUACCUGAGAACAUCGGUGAAACGUAACAAUGUUUUAAAUCUCUACAAAUUUCUGGUCUCAACUCGAUCGGAUAACGAUGUCCUCUUCUCCUUAUGUCGAAAGGUCUUUAAUGAUAACGGCAACUCAGUAUUGACGUCGCCGGCCUUACUGAAGCUGCCAGUCAACUGCCUGACAUCGCUUCUGAAAGAACCUCUCAGCGUCAGCUCAGAAGUAGUAAUUUUCAACGCCGUCGUGUCUUGGGGUAAAGCGCAAUUGAAACCCAAAGGGCUCACCUGCACAGCGAAAAAUUUAAGGCGGGAGGUGGAACCCUUGAUUCCAUACAUUCGAUUUUUUACGAUGACGUCGGAAGAUUUCGUAAAGAACGUUCUAGUGGCUGACGUGCUAACGUCAGACGAGAGCGUAGUCGCCCUCAAACAAAUAGCUUUGCCUGACGUCUCAGUGGCGGACGUCGACGGUGUAAAACUCAAUCCUUCGAGGGAGUGCAGGAUUCAGCUCAUCACCAAGGAGCGCACGAGACAGUGCGUGUGUGAAGGCGUGACGCGAUCGUGGCUCACGCGCGUCUGCUUUGAGUUUCAUCUCACGGUCUCUGACAACGUCGUGCUGCUCGGCCUCAAAUUCCUCGUCGAGAAUUCCUCUGCCCCGAUUGAUCUGGAAAUAUCAAGAGAAGAUUCGCCGAAAUCUGUGCUAAGCUCAAGCCAGUGCCAGAGCAACGACCCUCACUGCCAGAACGUGACGGCGACGUUCCUAAGUCCGCCUCACCUACGGGAAAGCGUUGGAUAUUUGGUUAAAAUUUCGGCAGCUAAAGGAGGCUCAGGGCUGUCGAUUUUCGGAGCAGAACACAAAGCUGCUACUUUUACUGAAGCUGGCAUCACCUUUACGCUGGCCCCAGGUGUUUUCCCUCAAGAUAUUACCUUCAUUUAGGAAUACGUUUAAAUAAUUAUGCUGAUUUGUAACGAGAUUUUUUUGUCCUAAUAAUGCAGUUUAUGUAAUUUUGAAAGGUAGAGAAUGAUUGAAUUGUCCACUGGCUUACGCAGUGCCAUCACUGAAGAAAUUUGUACAAUUAAUUGCUUAUGAAAUUUGAUCCGUCCUGCCUACAUUUUUGUUUUGUGUAAUAGUUGAUCGCAUUCGCAUGACGAGUUUAAUUAAAUAUUUUAAUAUUUCCUACUCAACUUUGAUGCUAUGGCCGCAUUUAAGUGAUUUUAAUACUUUAUUAAUCACUCAUUACUCUGCUUAACUUCAGGCAUAAUAUUAGUUAUUGAUUAUUUGUUAUCGAAGAGCACACUAUUAAAUCUAAUUAUGAUAAAACCUAAGUUAUUUUCAAGUCGAAAUAUAAAUGCAUAUCUUCUUUCAAUUCCCAUGUCAGCCUCUCAAUAUCAAGAUCAUUAUAGUGAAGACUACAGUAUUGAACUUAAUAAACAUAAUUUUUCGUA